UUGGCUGAAUACAGUGUCGGUUUACAAUGCCAGUGUAGUAACGGCAAAGCUGCAGAAAUUUUGCGCGAAACGAUCAUUAAACCGCGCUAAUACCUGAGGGUGUCAAAGCAUAUCGCCGGUUAAAAGUUUUUUCCCCCGAGUAGCGAGGUCGGUGCAUGUGUGAGGAAGUUAAAAACGUUGGAAAAUGCAGGAAGAGAGCGCUUCUCCCAGCGCCAGGCCUUUUGAUCCCGGCUGUCCGCUUACACGGGACACCGAGCAGGGCGAAGACAGAGCCGGUAGAGCUGCGGUGGAUUUCCCGGUAGCCGUGGUUUUGCCAGCCGGAGGCUGCGGUGAGAGAAUGGGGCUGCCCACACCAAAACAAUUCUGCCCGAUUCUCAACAGACCUCUGAUCAGCUACACCAUUCAAGCCUUUGAGAGAUUAUCAUGGAUUGGGACUAUUGUUGUUGUGGUUGCGAAGGAGAACCAUGACUUGAUGCUAAAUAUUGUUCGAACAUUCAAUCACACAAAAGUAAAAGUGGUGCACGGGGGAACCACCAGGCACAGGUCUAUCUUCAAUGGACUUCAAGUCCUCAGCAACAAUACAGAUGAUGCAUUGACUACUAAACCAAAAGUGGUCAUCAUCCAUGAUGCUGUACGGCCCUUUGUGGAAGAAAGUCUUCUGUUGAAAAUUACACUAGCUGCUAAAGAAGAAGGGGCUUCAGGAGCAAUACGUCCUUUGGUGUCUACGGUUAUAGCUACGACCUUGGAGGGCUACCUGGACCACUCUUUGGAGAGAGCAAAAUACCGAGCCAGCGAAAUGCCUCAAGGAUUUCUUUAUGACAUCAUUUUCCAGGCCUACCAGCGGUGCAGUGAAUAUGAUUUUGACUUUGGCACAGAGUGCCUGCACUUGGCCCUGCAGUACUGUGGAACAAAUGCAAAACUUAUAGAGGGACCACCAGCUCUGUGGAAAGUUACCUACAAAAGAGAUCUAGCAGCUGCGGAGGCCAUUAUUAAAGAAACUCUUGCGACGUCUGCGUGUGUAAUCACAGAAGCUGCAGCAGAAGCGGUUGAGCUGGCAGGAGCACUCCAGAAAAAUCUGGCAACCCAGAGCAUGAUGGUGACGGACAUCAUUACAUGUACAAAGGAAAGUAAUACAGACUUCCUGUCAAAAACCUCAAACUUUAUUCAGAUAACGGUGAAUGGAUUAAACACAUCAGGGCUUCUAGAAAUGGUUAAACAUUUCGAGGAUACGGGCCACGCUUGUUUAUAUCCAGUAGUUGUUGUUUGGGUUCAGCUGAACGUGACAAAGCGGUCCUUUGAUACUCAAAAGACAGAUGAGUUAACAUCCUUUAGACGUCUGGCCUCUGAAAUCAAACAAGGAAAUGUUCUGCUCUACGGAAUUCACAUUGAUCACACCGAGGUGUCAGAGCAGUGGGAGGGGUCUGUGGCGAGACUCGCUGACAUCACGGGUGCUCUCAUCAGAGAUAGAAACCCUGCUCUGAUUGGCCAGCUGCUUCAUGCUUGAAACUGCGGUACGACUGGACGGUGCUGUACAAAGA